GCCAGUGAGGAGGGGGAGAUGCUGAGGAAAGAGGCGCCAGGCAGAGAGCAGGAAUCAGAGGCAGAGGGAGCAGGUGGCAAAGGCAGCGAGAGACAGACAGAGAGAGACAGAGGGAAGAGAGCAAGGCAGCAGCAUCGCCUGGUGGAUGGCUUAGGGGCCCCUCCGCCUCCUCCGGCUUCCCUCAUUCACACCUGGGGCACCUGCCCAGACCCUCCCAGAUCCAGCAAUGGGCAAGCACAACAGCAAGCUGGCUCCAGAGAUGCUGGACGACCUGGUGAGGAGCACGGAGUUCAAUGAGCAGGAGCUGAAGCAGUGGUACAAGGGCUUCCUGAAGGACUGCCCCACAGGGAUCCUUAACCUGGAGGAGUUCCAGCAGCUCUACAUCAAGUUCUUCCCUUACGGUGACGCUUCCAAGUUCGCACAGCACGCUUUCAGAACCUUUGACAAGAACGGUGAUGGCACCAUCGACUUCCGGGAGUUCAUCUGUGCCCUUUCAGUCACUUCGCGGGGCAGCUUUGAGCAGAAGCUGAACUGGGCCUUUGAGAUGUACGACUUGGACGGUGACGGAAAGAUCACCCGCCUGGAGAUGUUGGAGAUCAUUGAGGCCAUCUACAAGAUGGUGGGCACCGUCAUCAUGAUGAGGAUGAACCAAGAUGGCCUGACCCCACAGCAGCGCGUGGACAAGAUCUUCGCCAAGAUGGACAAAGACAAGGAUGACCAGAUCAGCCUGGAGGAGUUCAAGGAAGCGGCCAAGAGUGACCCCUCCAUCGUCCUGCUGCUGCAGUGCGACAUGCAGAAGUAGAGGGGCUUCACCUGCUGUCCCCCCCAGAUCCCCCAGCCUUGCGUUUCCAAUCCAUCUGUCCAUCUUCCUCCUCCUCCUUGGAGCUGCAGGCCUCACUCUUGGAGGCAGGAGGGGCCUCAUCUGCAUGGGUCUUCUAGGUCCAAAACAAGUCCCCCGAGAAGCUCCCCAACAUCAAUAAGGCUCUAUCUUUUGGGGAGUGGGUCUGUCAGAGUGGGUUCCCCUUCCUACGCCUUCCAUCCCUUCUCCUAGACCCUUCUCCUUUUUCCCUUUCCAUCCUUGGAUGUUCCCAAGACCCUCUUCCAAAUCUACCUGUUUGACGGCCUGCCGAAAUCCAUGACCCAUGAUGCAAUGAUCCACAAGGUCUUGCAACCCCCGAAGCCUCGCUCUCCUUAAGCUCAGCUGUCGCUUGCUGUAUUAUGGUGCAUCUCUUUCCCCUGGUGACCCUCUAGCAUCAUCUUCAGGUGGGGAUUUUAAUAUCCGCUCCCCCUUUGCAUUCCUGAAUCAUCCCUUCUACCCCAGGACCUUUUCAAACCUUCCUCCUCCCAUUCCUUUUUGCUUUGGUGGAAGCUUAUAGUUUCUUUUCACCCAGCAAUGGGUUGUCCCUGUAGCUUUCCAUAAUGUCUAAACAAAGUGUUUCCCCUUUGGACUUGUGCUGAUGCUGUUGCUUCUAAGUCAGAAUUAUUGGAGCGAAUAAUAUAAAUAGUAUAUCAGAGAUA